GCUGCGUCUGGCUCCCGCUCUCACAGCCAUUGCAGUACAUAGAGCUCCAUAGAGAGAGCGCCGGGGCAAGUGAGAGCCGGACGGGCACUGGGCGACUCUGUGCCUCGCUGAGGAAAAAUAACAACACGGGCAAAGGAGAUCCUAAGAAGCCGAGAGGCAAAAUGCCAUCAUAUGCAUUCUUUGUGCAAACUUGUCGGGAGGAGCACAAGAAGAAGCAUCCAGAUGCUUCAGUCAACUUCUCAGAGUUUUCUAAGAAGUGCUCAGAGAGGUGGAAGACCAUGUCUGCUAAAGAGAAAGGAAAAUUUGAAGACAUGGCAAAGGCGGACAAGGCCCGUUAUGAAAGAGAAAUGAAAACCUAUAUCCCUCCUAAAGGGGAAACAAAAAAGAAGUUCAAGGAUCCCAAUGCACCCAAGAGGCCUCCUUCGGCCUUUUUCCUGUUCUGUUCUGAGUAUCGCCCCAAAAUCAAAGGAGAGCAUCCCGGCCUAUCCAUUGGCGAUGUUGCAAAGAAACUGGGAGAGAUGUGGAACAACACUGCUGCAGAUGAUAAGCAGCCUUAUGAAAAGAAGGCGGCUAAACUGAAGGAAAAAUAUGAAAAGGAUAUUGCUGCAUACCGAGCUAAAGGAAAGCCUGAUGCAGCAAAAAAGGGAGUUGUCAAGGCUGAAAAAAGCAAGAAAAAGAAGGAAGAGGAGGAAGACGACGAGGAUGAAGAGGAUGAGGAGGAAGAGGAAGACGAAGAAGAGGAAGAGGAAGAUGAUGAUGAUCAAUAAGUUGGUUCUAGCGCAGUUUUUUUUCUUGUCUAUAAAGCAUUUAACCCCCCUGUACACAACUCACUCCUUUUAAAGAAAAAAAUUGAAAUGUAAA